AUGAGCUCUCAAAGAAGCUUUCAAGAGAUGUAUCAACCUCCCGCUAGGCGAAGUGGAGGUGGAAGCUCAAAUGGAGAGACGCCUCCUAGAAACAAUCGGCCGCCACCAUUUGAGCCAAUAAACUGCUGCGGAGAGAGUGAAGACUCGUUCGUAGAUUCUCCCGCAAAGAGUACAACAAACUCACUAAGGUCUUCCAAUUCCAAUUCUUCGAAUUGGAGAGAACGUCCCCAAUUAGAUGUAAAACGAACUUCUCUAGAUCUCUCAAUUACGGACAAGUGUAACAUAGGAAGACAAAAACAUAAUUCGAGUCGGAGAAUACCAGUAGUCACCCGAACUGCUGGUCAAUCAAGGAGUAACAGUAGUUUAGAACAAGAAAGAAACGAGAGUUAUGUGAAAGAAGAAAACUUCAACGUGCAAUAUGAAAUGACUCUGAGGAAGUAUCACAGCACAGACGUUCCCUACAUCGAUUCGCACUGUCAUACAGACUUCAUCUUCAAUAUGUUACAUCGAAAGUAUCCAGAAAACCACGUAGGAAUUACUGAUUGGGUUGAUAAAUAUCCCGCGGCUUUCCCGAAAUCUUUUGCUGGAUUCAUUGCUAACUUCAUCAAACCUGGCUUGUUCGUUAAUGACACUGAAUCAUCGGAGUACGAUAUGGAGUGGAUUUUGAGAGAACUUGAGGAGUCGGGUUUAUAUAUAGGAACUACGUGGGGAUGUCAUCCACAUCAAGCGGAAACGUGGUGGAAGAAAGGUACAUUCUGGACGACUUUGGAUCACAUCUUAUCAAAUGUAUCUAAAUACAAAGUUUUGGCAGUUGGAGAAUGUGGAAUAGAUUUGCACCGCUGUGAAUCAAGUCUGGAAUCUCAAAAAGUUGUUUUUGAUAAGCACGUAGCGUUGGCUUACAAACACAAGCUCCCACUUGUUGUUCAUUGUCGAAAUGGAAAACAAGGAAACUCCGAAGACGAAUGUCUAAAAAUUUUGAAAGAGCAAAUGGAGAAAAAUCAUCCUUUCCUGAAAAUACAUCGCCACUGUUAUACAGAAAACUGGUCAACAGCUCAACGCUGGCUGAAACAAUGUCCGGAUGUUCAUUUCGGAUUUACGGGUGCUGUUCUCUCAUUUAACGAAGGCCAAAUCGAAGCUAUUCGACGUAUUCCACUCGAUCGGAUACUUUUAGAAACGGAUGGACCAUAUUUCAAACCAAAAUGUUUUGAGGGGAUUGCCCCGUCAAAAGUAUGCCUGCCAGGUAUGGCAAUAGCUACUGCUGAAAGAUUAGCCGAGAUUAAAAAUGUUCCCCUGGAAGAAAUGCUCCGAGCGACCUACAAUAACGCUAGACGAGUAUACCAAGUCCCUGUUUUUUGA